AUGAAACUAUCUCUAGCCAGCUUGCUGGUGUAUAUACAGCGCUUAUUCUACUUCUUGAUCACCUCUCUAGCAGGUAGAGUACUCUUGGUCUCUCUGCUUCUGUACAGCAUCGCUUUUGAGUACUGUAGACUCCAGUAUUGGCGCGAUCCUCACUCGGCCUUCUUCGAUGAAACCAACGUCUACGAUCUCAAAUACAGUCUUUUCCGAGAACAUGAAGCACUUCAAUAUAUAUCUGCGUAUAAUGCCCGGGUCGAACCCCCGAAGAGCGCGGUCGGCUCUUCGGACCCUAUAUUGUGUCUCGCUUUUGUGACCGUAAAGCGGGAUCAGGUGAACUACUUCGACGCCUCCAUCGGCUCUCUCCUCAGCGGCCUCGACGAGCGAGAGCGCCGUGCCUUUCAAGUCAGAGUGUUGUUUGCCAACACAAAACCUGAAUUGCACCCUAGCUGGGGUCAAUUGUGGAUGGAUCGGCUUAUGGAUUCAGCGUCUUCGUAUAAUGUCUCUAAGGAAGAUUUUGAGCGACUCCAGGCGCUUGAAGAGAGCCGUAACUAUUACGAGAAAGGAGUAUAUGAUUACACACAUGUCCUUGACGAAUGUUAUAAUACGAACGCCCCAUACAUCGGAGUCUUUGAGGACGAUAUCAUCUUUGCUGAUGGAUGGCUAGCGAAAACGCUCAAGGGAAUCUACAGUAUCGACAAACAACAGAGGGUCCCGAAUUGGAUCUAUAUGCGCCUCUUCUACACGGAAACCGCCCUGAGCUGGACCAAUGACGACUUCGCCUACCGCCAUAUAGGCUUCGUAUUUCUCCUUACAAUGAGCACGGCCUUCGGUGUCCUCAUGCUGGCCCGGCGCGUAUGGACCGCCGCCCGCCGCCACCUGGACAUCCUAACCAUCGCCGUGGUCUGCGCCAUUACCAUUCCCGCAUUUACCGGUCUCGUGUUCAUGAUCGGGAAGUACAACAUCAGCCCCAUGCGCGGCGUCGUGGAAAUGAACAAGCACGGCUGCUGUACCCAGGCGAUGGUGUUUCCACGGACCCAGGUGCCGGGUUUGGUCAAAUACCUGCGCGAUCGGAAGGGUGGGCAGACGGACUCCAUGAUCGAGGACUAUGCCGAUGAACAUAAACUGCGUCGCUUCGCGCUGGCACCGCCCCAGGUCCAGCACGUGGGUAUUCGGUCGAGUCGCGAUAAUCUGGAGAUCAAUACGCGGAGCACGUGGGCGUUUUGGUUCGAGGAGAACGACCCUAAAGCGCUACGCCGGGAGCAUAAGCGUUUUUUGGAGAUGAAUGAUAUACCUUGGAUUGAAGGCGCGUCUCCUUGA